AGAUGGGAUUUUGGUGUGAAGACAUCAGUGGAUGCUGCAGCUCAUCAUUUCUUUGUCGAUGCAGAGGCAGGCAUAUGUUUCCCCAAAAUUAGCUUCUUGAGAGGGAGGUGCAAGAUGGAAUCUCGACCUUUUUUUAUUUUUUAGCUCCAGGCAGAAAUAUGAAACCUGGUUCAUUUCUGCCAAGUUUGUUCCCGAGCUCCAGGUUCUUAACAUUGCCCGUCUCCAUUUUGCUUUUUUAACUAAAACUCGUAUUGACCAUUUUCACAGGAAACUUGCCUAUUUGUGAAUUAUCCACAUAUAUUCUAACCCAUUGAAACAUUUUAGAUUUGUUUCUCAAAUACUCCACGAUUGUUUUAUCAUACGAAUAUGACAGGAUUAUAUCGGAGAGUAAAAUUACUCUGAACAAAUUAUUUUCUAUGUUUUAAGAAGAGAACAAAGUACUGCAAGCUUUGGUAUGGUAGAUUCGCCUUCACCGCCCAUCCAAUAUUUGUCAGGAGGCAGGCGGUCUGUAAUGUUUGGAAACUGAGGUCAACAGGUUUCUCCCGCGCAGCAUUGACCGUAUUUUUUGUCAGUUAUGUAUCUCUGCCUAGAGAAGUAAUUUCAAGACAUUGGGGAUGUGAGACAGCAUUGACUUAGUUCCAUUGAGCUUUUGAAGAAUUUUCGUUUUUUGGGGGAAAAGAUGGCGAGGUUUGGGGGAAAAAUGUCUCUUGCCCUACUUUUCCUUGGAUUUUUUAUGUUCACUUUAGCAUCUGUAAAUGCUGAACCAGAGCAAGAAGUAGAAGAAGAACGAGAGGAAAGUACAUGUCAGGGGGCUUUCGACUUGUAUUUUGUGCUAGACAAGUAAGUAACUGUCUAAAUGGCAUAUUUAUUAUUAUACUGCUAAAAAAAUCCAGGGAGCCGUUAUAUUGAGAUGCCAAGCCUCCCUCGUUACACACAUCUGUUAAUAGAGUACACUGGCCAAGUAAAAGAAAAAGUUAAAAGAAAAAACGUUGUAUUUGUUAUUCAAACUUUGCAAACUGUUAAUGCACGUACAGAGAGUUUAUAAUGCAAAUCCGCUAUUCCAGCUGUUACAUCUGUUUCUGUAAAGUCAGACCGGUAGCUUUUUUUUCCACAGGCCAGGGAUAAAGACUUAUCCCAGAAUCUAUAGGGUUCUCACAAAUUAACUUGAUUUAAUUCAUUUUUCACCUUAUUCAGUCAUUACUAAACAGACAAUAGUGGACAGUGACACAUGUUUUGUUGUUUUGGCUCUGUACUCCAGCACUUUGGAUUUGAAAUGAUACAAUGACUAUGGGGUUAAAGUGCAGACUGUCAGCUUUCAUUUGAGUGUAUUUUCAUCCAUAUCGGGUGAAAUUACAGCACUUUUUGUACAUAGUUAUCCCAUUUUAGGGGACCAAUAGUAUUUGGAGAAAUGCAGUUAUAUGUGUAUUACAGUAGUAAAAAGUUAAGUGUUUGGUUCCAUAUUCAUAGUACGCAAUGACUACAUCAAGCUUGUGACUCUACACAUUUGUUGGAUGCAUUUGCUGUUUGUUUUGGUUGUGUUUCAGAUUAUUUUGUGCCCAAUAGAAAUUAAUUAUAAAUAAUGUAUUGUGUCAUUUUGGAGUCAGCAUGUCUUGGUGGUAUGAUAUUUGUGGGUCUGUAACUUUCUCACUCAUCAUUAUUCACAUUUCAUUCAGGACUAACCAUAAUCAUGGUAGCAUCCACAUUAAUGUAGAAGUGUUUAGAAACACAUUAUAUUCUUAUUUACAAUAAAAGUAACUCCUCUGGACAAAUGGGGGAAGCAUGUCUGACACCAUGCCCACUGGUAUCUUUGCAAGGUCCACUAUUUCCUUUCUCACUUUAAAGACGGGGGAAUAAGACACAGUCUGUACAUGACUAUAACCAUCAUUCAGAAGUGUACUUUACAUAAACUGCGUUUACACAGGCAGCCCAAUUCUGAUCUUUCUUCAGUAAUUGGUCUUUUGUCCAAUCAGAUCAGCUCUUUUGCCAAAAAUUGGGGAAAAUAUCAGAAUUGGGCUGCCUGUGUAAACACAGCCAUGGAGUGACCAGUUCAUGCAUUUCCUCCUUUCCGCCCACAUAGGAAAAAUCUUUGUGGUUCCAACAUCUUACUCUAGACCAGCAGCAGGACUGUCUCACUGUCUCACUGUCUCGGGAGAGAAAAGUAGACUUUCUGUCCUGCUAUAGCCUAUCCCCCUUACGUAAUACAUCUGAUCUGAUUUUGACAUAUUUUAGAUAAGAUCUGUAAACACAACUCGUAGAAGAUGUAUGAUUAAUUGUUGAUAUAUUUCUACAGCACAUUCGUAAAGUAUUCAGACCCCUUGACUUUUUCCACAUUUUGUUAUGUUACAGCCUUAUUCUAAAAUUGAUUAAAUAGUUUUUUCCCCUCAUUAAUCUACACACAAUACCCCAUAAUGACAAAGCAAAAGCAGGUUUUUAGAAAUGUUAAAAACUGAAAUAUCACAUUUACAUAAGUAUUCAGACCUUUUACCCAGUACUUUGUUGAAGCACCUUUGGCAGCAAUUACAGCCUCAAGUCUUCUUGGGUAUGACGCUACAAGCUUGGCACACCUGUAUUUGGGCAGUUUCUCCCAUUCUUCUCUGCAGAUUCUCUCAAGAUCUGUCAGGUUGGAUGGGGAGCGUUGCUGCUCAGCUAUUUUUAGGUCUCUCCAGAGAUGUUAUAUCGGGUUCAAAUCCGGGAUCUGGCUGGGCCUCUCAAGGACAUUCAGAGACUUGUCCCGAAGCCACUCCUGCAUUGUCUUUGCUGUGUGCUUAGGGUCGUUAUCCUGUUGGAAGGUGAACCUUCACCCCAGUCUGAGGUCCUGAGCGCUCUGGAGCAGGUUUUCAUCAUGGAUCUCUCUGUACUUUGCUCCGUUCAUCUUUCCCUCGAUCCUGACUAAUCUCCCAGUCCCUGCCGCUGAAAAACAUCCCCACAGCAUGAUGCCGCCACCACCAUGCUUCACCGUAGGGAUGGUGCCAGGUUUCCACCAGACGUGACGCUUGGCAUUCAGGCCAAAGAAUUCAAUCUUGGUUUCAUCAGAUCAGAGAAUCUUGUUUCUCAUGGUCAUUAGGUGCCUUUUGGCAAACUACAAGCGGGCUGUCAUGUAAAUUUUAUUGAGGAGUGGCUUCCGUCUGGCCACUCUACCAUAAAGGCCUGAUUGGUGGAGUGCUGCAGAGAUGGUUGUCCUUCUGGAAGUUUCUCCCAUCUCCACAGAGGAACUCUAGAGCUCUGUCAGAGUAACCAUCGGGUUCUUGUUUCCAAACUUCUUCCAUUAAAGAAUGACGGAGGCCACUGUGUUCUUGGGGACCUUCAAUGCUGCAGAAAUUAUUUGGUACCCUUCCCCAGAUCUGUGCCUCGACACAAUCCUGUCUCGGAGCUCUACAGACAAUUCCUUCGACGUCAUGGCUUGGUUUUUGCUCUGACAUGCACUGUCAACUGUGGGACCUUAUGUAGACAGGUGUGUGCCUUUCCAAAUCAUGUCCAAUCGAUUGAAUUUACCACAGGUGGACUCUAAUCAAGUUGUAGAAACAUCUCAAGGAUGAUCAAUAGAAACAGGAUGCACCUGAGCUCAAUUUUGAGUCUCAUAGCAAAGGGUCUGAAUACUUAUGUAAAUAAGUUAUUUCUGCUUUUUAUGUUGAAUAAAUUUGCCAACAUUUCUAAAAACCUGUUUUCGCUUUGUUAUUAUGGGGUAUUGUGUGUAGAUUGCUGUGGAUUAUUAUAUUUUUUUAACGUAACAAAAUGUUGAAAAGUCAAGUGGUCUGAAUACUUUCCGAAUGCACUGUAUGUCUACAAACUUGUGUGGCCCUGGAUGAUGAUGAGGAUGUUGGCGCUACUAAGCGAGGUUCCUGACUUCAAACAACCGGAUGCUCGUUUGUGACUUCCCUUCAUCCCUCAGGCCUGAGCUGUUUAUGAGAUGCACAGGCUAGUGUUUUCACGACACCCGUAUCGCAAUACUAGGACGUAAGGAAGCAAAGGAAACAAAACAUGAAGCAGACUAAAUUUCUUGAGGAAAGAAGUCCUAAUGUUGGAACAAACUGCCUUAUGUUGUCACCCAGAGUCACAUUUGUUUAUUUUGCAAGCUACAGCACACACUAAAUGACCAUAGAGUUGAGUCUGCUUCAUGUUUUCUUUUUUGCCAAGAAAAUUCUGGUGUCAUAGUAUCGCGAUACUGGUAUCGUUACAACACUAGCACAGACCAUAUACUGGUUGAGAUGUAGGUUAAGGACAUAGCCUUUUGUACUUUAGCUUGGCCAUUGGGUUCCUGACCAGACCUGAACAGGAAAAACUCUGGGCCUUAGUUACAUCCCAUAGGACCAGGAGUUUUUCCUCCAGGUCUGGCUCUUGUCACACUGCAUAGGGCUACAACUAGGCUACAACACCUUGGUCUCGAGUUUCUUUGAAUAUGAGUCCUGUAGGUUACACGACUAGUUUAUGGAAAAAUCUCCCUCAGCCAAGGGGUCACCCAGUAAAGGAAAACGGACCAUGUGGAUAUCAUGAAUCAUUACUGUUAAGGUCCAAAUUGGUAGUGGAUCAAAGAGAACCAAGCUAAAGUUAUCCCUAUGUUGUGGUGUUCUAUAGGCCUACUGAGGUAUGACCAUAUAAUUAGUAAUUGAAUAAGAUCUCUAUGGGUAUGGCAUUGAGCUGAAUCAGACUGGUAGGCCCUAUCCUGCUGUUUUAUAAGGAACACAACAAAAUUGAUUGUUUUAGGGCAUGUUUCUAUCACUGCAGACCAGUACUGACGCCAAAUGUUCUGCAUAAUAAAAAUCCUAAAAACGCACUCCCUACCACUGUAGCUAAUGCUAAUCAGAUGCUAAAGUUUUACUUUUGGUCUGCUGACAUCACUUCCUUGCCCUUACUUCCUUAUCUGUAACCACGUUUCCAUCCACAGUUUUUAUGCGAGUAAAGUCAUACUGUAUAAAAAAAAUCAGAUCAGCUGUGAUGGAAACAGGAAGUUUCGGUACAAUUUUAUAAAUGCCAACAGAUCAUUUGUUCGUUCGACAUGGUGGCAUCUUUUUGUGUUGUUAAAAUGAAUUAUGCGAGAAAUGGCGGUGGAAACGCAUUUAUGUGCAAAUAUUGAUAAAAUAACCAUCAUAUCGAAGUAAACUUGGAGUCACGCAAUGACAUGUUAUGUGGUCCUCACACUACGACUCGGGAAACCAUGCGGUUUAUUAGGCUACAGAUUAAAUAAGUUAUGAUGAACUUCACAGGGUAGUGAAAGUGCAAGGUGAUGAGCUUGAUGCUCCUUUCCAAUAAAUAUUGAGGGUCUUAUUCUGGGGACAUGAUGAAAGAUGCUUGACUGACGUUUGACAAAUACAAAUAUUCUCGCUCUUAUCCAUAAUAAUCUCAUCAUGUAGACUAGCCUACCCACAUUGUAUCUGCCAGCUGUUGGCAAGAGCCAAGAGCCAAGACCAGACUAGGCACAUUUGCUAUUUAACGCAACAGUUUUUGUGACAUAAUUAUCGGUAGAGUUAAAAAAGUGAUGAAAACACAUUGAACAUUCGAUUUUUAUUCAGUACAUGAAAACUUAAGCGAAAAGGUACAUUUCAUGUGCACUACGUCAUCACGCACAGAUUUCUAUCCGCUGGAAACACACCACUGGUGGAAAAUUUGCAUAUUUUCUUAAUGCAGAUUUUGGAAUAUUUGCAUGAAAAUCUGUCACCAUUUGGAUAGAAACCUAGCUACUGCCACCUGCAUUUACCACUUGUAGGAUGUAAAAACUCUGGCCCAUGAGACAUACACUGUUUAUAAGACACAAGAUCAUAAUGCUAGAAGCUCUGAUGCCCUAGCAGAUUCCCACAGUCAUACUGUAUGUCUUGUCCACCUUGACCUUUAUAUCAUUGUUUUCUGAUCAAGCUAUGGGACAAUAGGAAACAAUUAUGUUUGGCACUUGUGUUUUCCCAAUAGGAUGCAUGUAGCAGCCAUUUGUUCUUCUUUUUCAAGUCUUCAUCAUUCUUCACAAGAAUGUUAAUCAUUGCGAAAUGUUGUUCUUUUCACAGGCCAACAUUGAAGUUGGGCGUUAAGUCAUGAUCAUUUUAAUGAUAAAGUCCAAGCCAACCAGACUACAGCUGGAGUCUAGAAAUAAUGUAAACAUGUCAAGACUUUCUCACUGUGGAAUGUGCUUUUUUCUCUCUCCAGGACCAUGGUGCUGCUUUGGCCUCCAUAACGCGCCAGAAGUAGCCUUUGGCACGUGUGUUUUGCAGGAAUAAAUGCCUUGUUAAAGGUGCACUAUGAAGAAAUCGCUCUGCCAUUUCCUGGUUGCAAAAAUUCUAAUAGUUCACCUAAUUUCAGUUUGUGACAAAACAAGCAAGUAUAGUAUAGAGCAGGGUUCCUCAACUGGCGUCCCACGGGCCAAAAUUUGUUUUAAUUUAAUUUUCAUUUUAUUGUUGGACAUAAAAGACUAAAAACGCCAGCAAAUCAGCUCCAAGUGAUUUUUAUUUUGGAAAUCUGUUCCAAGGUAUUCCCAGUGAUCGUAUACAAGUGAUCAUAUACAAAUGUAAGCAAGGUUUGAAAUUAUUCUGUUUUAGUUAAAUAUUAUAUCAGUUUGGUCAAUUUGCAGUUUACAAAUUAUUUGUAAUUAUGUUCCGGACCCCUGACCAUCCGCUCAAGUAAAAAUUGGCUUGUGGCUGAAUCUAGUUGAUGAUCCCUGGUGUAGAGAAUCAUUAUACCAUCUAAACCGCUGUGAAAUAUAUUUUCCAUAACCAAAAAUAUUGUAUUUUCAGCUGUUUGAAGCUGGUGUACAACGGCGAAAGUAAAAGACGCAAAAACAAAACUUAAGAAUGGGAAGCAUAGAAAUAGUGCACAUAGAACAGAUUUUUACAUUUAUGUCAUUUUAGCAGACGCUCUUAUCCAGAGCGACUUACAGUUAGUGAGUGCAUACAUGAUUUAUUUAUUUCUUAUUUUUCAUACUGGCCCCCCGUGGGAAACGAACCCACAACCCUGGCGUUGCAAACACCAUGCUCUACCAACUGAGCUACAUCCCCUGCCGGCCAUUCCCUCCCCUACCCUGGACAACGCUGGGCCAAUUGUGCGCCGCCCCAUGGUUCUCCCGGUCGCGGCCCGGCUACGACAGAGCCUGGAUUCGAACCAGGAUCUCUAGUGGCGCAGCUAGCACUGCAAUGAAGUGCCUUAGACCACUGUGCCACUCGGUGGCUUCUUAGACUUGCUUUCAACAAGAACAGCAGAUCUCAUCAUUUCUAUGUCAAUUUGGUCGGGUCACCCCAAAAGUUACAUAUUGCAGCUUUAAAUGUUAUCACACCGUCUAGAAUCACCAGUGCUUUGAGGGACCCGAGCGAGACAGACAUUUUAAAGGGGCAGUCAGUUAUUUAGAGAAAAUAAUAUCGCACCCAGAGAAAAAGAGGGUGAAAAGAAGAAAGAGAGAAAAACAUCCAAGAGAAAAAGUGAGUGAGAGUAAAGAAAGAUUGCAGUUGGAAGCCUAGACACAGCAAGUAGGCCUCAAGCUAAAAGUAGGUUAUUGGUCUCUCUAUACAAAUCCCUUUGCAUAGUCAGUUAAAUUGGAGUAAGAUCAUUGGUCGCAGACUGGGGUGGUUCUUAACAUGCAGCAGGCCCAACUGGAAUGGGACACUACAGCUUCAUGGUGUUGGAUUUUCCUCUCAACACUUAGAAGCGUGAGAGCAGAGCCUUUUACUGAACACCUGGUCUGACAGAGCUUUUUCCCACGUUUUCUGACAUCCCUGGCCUAGACGGACUGAACACUCUCUCUGUCUGUUUCUCUCACUCCCUUUGUCUCUCUCUCUCCCUCACUCACUUCAUUUUGCUCGUUGUAGUGGUGAGUUUUCACACAGUCAGCAGAAAGAAAGGCUUGAUUAAAAAAAAUAUAUAAAUUACUCUGGGCUUUCAUGUGUUUAAAGUAAUGAAUUCUCUCCCUCUGACAUCUAGCACAGUCCUGACAUGAUAUGCUUAGCGUUGCUGGAUGAUAAUGGUGCAUGUUGCCUCCAUGAGUGUCCUAAGGUGUUUGGAAACAGUACACCAUCUGAUCAAACGCUGUAGUAAACUAGAUAGCUGUUGCUUAUGGCCUUGAGACCAUAGCCUGUCAUUCAUCUUAUGUCAUUUGUCUGUUAUUCCCCAGGACAGUUUUCAGUGGGUUGGUUAGAGCUCUGACCUCACCGGUCCCUCCAGUUCCAUUUUGCUGAUCUAUUUUGGCAUCUGUGUGGGCUGAAAGACAAAAAAAUGGACUUGUGGUUGGAGAUCCAUGGUGGAUCAUUUCUGCUUCCCCCAGCAGAUGAGACAUUAAAGAGCCAACACGUGGUUUUAAUUAUCCCAGUCAUCCGAAUGUUACCCCGAUCACUCUCUCUCUCUUUCUCUUGGCUAUGGGGUUCCAUCAGUUCCGUGAGUUUCAAAAUGAGUUUCAUAUGGCCCAACAUGCCGUUCAUCAUGUACGUAUAGUCAGAGGAUAUAUCAAUUGUAUAACACUUACACUCUUUUUGAUAUGAUAUAAUCUCAAACUCCUGUCGUCAAGAACUCAAUCAUUUUAGUCAACAAAGCUGUUGAAGCUUGCAAUAGCAACUUCCAAAACCUUUGAACUGUAAUGGUUUGACUCAGUCUAUUAAAAUUGUAUCAAAGAAAAAGUACCACAAAUUUGUCCUCAAGGAUCUCACAGGACAAUAGCCCACUUCCUUUCCUAAUGCUGUUUAUACAGGUGAGAAAACUGCAAGCUAGGCCCCAGUCCCACGACUGCCUGGUACCUCAGGAAACAGUCUUGUCCAACACAAAUAAUAUCCAUUGUGAUGCAAAAAAAUCUCCAAGGCGGGAGUCCUUAGCUUCACCCGUCUUAGAAAAACACUGAAACACUAUCCCUAUAUGGCUGUACUGUACAUGAAAGAAGCCAUUUUGAGGUGCAGUAUUUUCCCCCUAGUAAUGAAACAAACUGCAUGCCUGACAGAUUGGCUCUUCCCUCAGGUCAGGGCAGUCCGACUGUGUGUGUUCAAGCCGUGUCAGAUGAACACUGUUUAUUCAGCACAUUUGUUGAACAUCCAAGUGUGACGCUAGCUGGCCUCCCCCACAAGUUUUAUUUGGGUAAGGUUUGUUUAGUUUGAAAAGUACUGUCCUCACAGGGUGCUUUGACUCAGACGACUGCAAUGCUUAUAAAGCUUAUAAAGAAUAUACUCAACUCAAUCUGCACAGUAUGUCAUGCCUGUUCAUCCUACACAACAACAACAAAAAUAUACACCAGAAAACCAGUACUGAGACUAAACUGGGAAAACAAGUUAAUGUUAAGUCUGGUGCCCAGAUUACAACUAUUACAUCACACAUCCAUGUGAGGCUUCGUCAGCACCAUUAUCCUAUUUCAGGGUACUGCUUCAUCCAUCCGCUAACAGUGAUUGGUUCAUGUGUCAUAUUCUUCAGUAACGAGUCACUGCCAAAACCCCCAGCCAGGUCCCCUCCUUCCCUAACUAAGAGGAAAUUAAGCUCUUCUCUGUGGAGAGCAUUCAGCUUUCAUAGGGACUAUUACUGCUACGGUCCCUUAUGGAAACUUAGAGACCCAGGCUAGCUAGCUGGGCAGGUUGCUAAGUUACAGACUUGGUCCUCAGAUGUGUCCUAACCCUCUUUCCUCCUUUUAAAUGGGGUUUGUUUGUGUCAAUGGAUUUUCUUCUGCUAAUGUUCAAAUGGCUUGUGUUUUCCAUGACAUAUUGUUUGGCCAAUCAGCUUACUAAUAACAUCUCUGUGAUGAUUUUGUGUUGACUUUAUAUGUUGCAAUAGUACAAACAGUUUCUGUACUAGGAGGCAUUGGAUAAACAUUUAGGAAAUGUGUCAGGUGUAGUUUUAAACAACAUUAGGUAGUAGGAUAUAAGUAUUCCUCUGUUUUCUUUCUUUCUUAGAUCUGGCAGUGUCAAAAACCACUGGAUAGAAAUAUACUCCUUUGUGGAGCAUCUAGCUGAAAAGUUUAUCAGGUAAGAGAACAUCACAAAGAUAUUUUGUUGUCAAUCAGGGCCUUGAGAGACAGCAUGGCUAGCUCGUGCACAGAGGUGAGGUGAAUCGGGGUUGUCCAAUUGGCUGAGGCCACUAGCUGGAGGUGAUAGCAAUCUCUCAUGUGAGGGGAAGAAAGGGUGAGGAUGGGUGAGAGCUAGACUCUGCGGCGCCAGCCGGACAAAUAAACAAACACAUGCUGGAAAAUAGUCCUACAUCGCCCUCGGCAUGGGAAUUCAGUAACAAUCAUGUAUUUACUAAUAGGAAAAGUAUCUUCAUUGCUGCUUGGCUUGUAAUGGCAGGAUCCAUCCAGAGAGCUUUAAGAGAAACAGUACUCGACAACACAUAACUUUCCCCCAGCAAAAACAUUAUUUCCCCAAUGGAGUAAAGACUGGCCAUGUGCUCCUUCACUUACCAACCCACCGCGGUAAUGGCAUGUGUCAUGAACAUAACGGCAGCUCGAGAGCUUCAAGCUGGGAGACAAAGACAUACAUGACCAGAGUGCACAGCAAUGUCAGCUAGCUAGCUAUUCCCUUUACAUCAUUAGCUAGAAAGCUACCUCAGUUUGGGUGGUAUUGUUUUUCCCCGAUUACAAUGGUCUCAAAAACAACAUAUGAAUCCAUCAAAUUGGGUCCAGAGUCCUUGUGAACAUGGCCCAUAAACAAACAAUAGGAUGGAACUAACCACAUGAGAGAAUUCACUGAUUUAUGCUUGAAUUCAUGGACAUGUUUCCGUGUAAAGUUUUUCUAAUGCUAGGGACAUUUUGACGCCAAAACACGUCCUUGCAUGUCACUAUAAAUUCGUGAAAUAAAUUAUUUGGAGAGUGUGUCCAGUGGGUGGUCCCUAUUUUAGUUUGUUUGUUUAUGGAUUGAGUUCAAACAUAGUAUGGCCUCUUUGAGGCUUGACAAAAUGCAUUUUUCUAAUGGUUCAGGACCACCAUGGUAUCUAACCGUUGUUUGUGUGCUGUGUUGUUUUACAGCCCCAUGUUGAGAAUGUCCUUUAUUGUCUUCUCAUCCAGAGGAACCACUCUCAUGAAACUGACAGAAAACAGGUAAACUAAAAUAUUGGUUCCGUCCCAAAUGCUACCUUAUUCCCUUUAUAGGGUGCCAUUUGGGACACAGCCAUUGUCUUGUAUGAGGACUUUGAAAUAGAAAGUGAUGAUUACUAUUUUACUCAGUAAUGACAUUUAGACAUCAGACAAGGACAUUUUUUUAUAACGUGAUUUGUGUUGUUUGUCAGGGUGGAGAUAAGAAAAGGAUUGAAUGUGUUGAGGAAAGAGAUACCUGGGGGAGACACCUUUAUGCACCUGGGCUUGGAAAGGGUACAUAUCUGCUUCUGACAUGGUUCUUACUUUAUCACACGUUAUUUGCCUGUUUAACAUAUUUUUAAAAAAAACAUAAGAAGAAGAAUAACAUUGUUUUCUCUUUUCAGGCAAAUGAACAGAUACACCAUGAAAACUUUGGUAAGCAUCCAAUGGCAUCUGUCACUAGAGUUAGACGUAUCAAAAAUCACUUGAUUUUCGGUACUUGCCAAUGUUGAAGUCAUACAAUUGAUUGACCUCUCCGUUACAGGGACAGCAAGUGUUAUCAUCGCCUUGACUGAUGGGGAGUUGAAUGAACACCAACUCGUCACCGCACAACAGGAGGUCGGCAAAUUGGAUUUAUAUAACAUUCACCUUCCUGUUGAUGUAAAGGGAAGACAAUGUAAUAACAUGUUCUCUGGUGCUGAUUCUUGGUUUUCUCCCACAAACAGGCAGAGAGAAGCCGGUCUCUAGGCGCUAUGGUGUACUGUGUCGGAGUAAAGGACUUUAACGAGACACAGGCAAGGGUUUAGUUUGCAGUAAAACAUGCAUUCCUGCUCCCCUGUCAAAACACAUUUAGGAACCUGUUGUUAACAGAAAAUGGCAUACUGUAAUUACAGGCAGUAAUACUACUCACUCAAUAUUAUUUCACUACAAUGAUUACAAUAUAUGCUAUUUAUAUUUAGUAGCCCAUUUGUAGACUAUGUAUCACAUAAUUCCAUCUACCUACACAUCUUGAACCCGAGCUUGCUUGUGAGGUUUAUAGGGCUACUUAAACGCCAGGCUGAGCAGUAAUGACAGAGAAAUUGGGCGAUUUGACUCGCAUGCAAACGAUUACCAUAUUAGCUAAGAAGGAAGCUUCAGAGUCAUGCAAUGUUUUAACUGGAUUUGAAACCUGAUCGACCCUAUGCAUCGGUCUACCACCCAGAUUGACUUUCACUAAAUGUCUGGCUAUAACAUACUGUACUUUUACCUCCAUCAAGGUUGUUUAGGCCUCUGUCCAAUGUCGAUUGUACAUCAGGAUUGUACCUGAUUGUACUUAGUGUCCCUAUCAUUGUACUGUUCUUUUCCCCCUAACCUGGUCAUGUAUGUAGCGAGAGAUGAAGGCAUAGAGAUACAAUAUAAUUCAAUGGUUAUUUUAUCUCAAAUCAAGUGUACACUGAACUCUUCACUGAAGUGAAUGGGUCAUGAUGUACGUAAUAUGUGUCUGUCUCUGGUUACUGAGACAGGAGUCAGGAGGAAGCACUGUGUCUGUGUAAAUAAACCUGCUGUCUCCUUCCCCCUAUAGCUGGCCACCAUAGCAGACACCAUCGAGCAUGUGUUUCCUGUGAUGGGCGGAUUCGUAGCCCUGCGAGGAGUGAUCGACUCGGUAAAUACACCCUGGGCAGGAAGGAGAGACUUAGACCUGUUUCACAAAACGUACCUUCAGAGAAAGUUAAAAAGUCAAAAUAGACAGAGAUGUUGUAAAUGAGGAACCUGUCUCUUAUUUCAAUACACCUUUAGCCUAUUUAACCUAGUCAACUCAAUCAUCUUCUCCUUCUUCAGAUCAUCAAGAAGUCCUGUAUUGAGAUCCUAGCUGCAGAGCCCUCCAGUGUUUGCGCAGGAGGUGGGGUCCCUAAAAGAUCAAAGCAGAUCAACGCUAGUUCCCUGUCAUUGGCUAAGUGCUGUUUUCAUUUCAUUAAGGGGCCAGGCUGGUGCCGGUGCCCUUCCCUCUGACUGGGGCUCAGCUGGCUCGUAUUCGUUACGGCACACUAGUAAAACGUAGAAAAACAUUUUGAAAUGGAAAACAGCAGGUAGCCUAGCGGUUAAGAGCAUUGUGCCAGUAACCGAAAGGUCACUGGUUUGAAUCCCUGAGCCGACUAGGUGAAAAAUCUGCCAAUGUGCUCUUGAGCAAGGCACUUAACCCUUGCUUCUGUAAGUCGCUCUGGAUAAGAGCGUCUGCUAAAAUGUAAAACAUGUUUCUUAUUGGAAAAAUUCAAGUAGUCCCGCUCUGUUUCAGUCUGGGGGGUUUUCUCCAUUUGGUGCCUAAUGAGUAGGACCAUGAUCACUCGAAUGAAUCCCCAUUGGGGUUAAUGGAGUGUAGUGUAUUGGGGAUCUUGUUAUGAGAGGGUCUCUGAAUGGAAUGUCCAUGUUUAGUUUAUGCUGGCCUGCCAAAUGGAAGUCAAUUUGAUAAAUGACUUGUUUCCUAAUCGAGAGAGACAAGUCCCAUAAGACCUUUGUUUCCUGAGCAUGAUGUUUUCUGUUUUUUAUUUAACCUAUGUUGACAAGCCAGUCUAGCUACUCUUGUAUAACAUAAUUGUGCAAGGUCUGAUAGCUUAUGAUUGGUUACAUUACAUUUAUGUACUAUUUUUCUAAACUCAAGGUGUUGUGUCUUAUUUCCAGAGAGCUUCCAGGUGGUGGUGAGAGGGAACGGUUUCCUUCACGCCAGGAAUAUAGAGCAGGUGUUGUGCAGCUUUAGACUCAAUGACACCCUCACCAUUAGUGAGUACCUACUUACAUUUACACUUCAUUUACUGUAGGCUUAACCAGGUGUUUCAUACCAAUGUGUGUAAUGUGUAUUUCUAGCUGUAACAUGCAUGAAGAACUACAGUUGAUUGAAGAAACGAAACGUAUUUAAGUAAACGGAGUGUUUGGCUCUCUCCAUAGAUAAGAAGCCUGUGGCUAUCGAAGAUACGUUCCUGCUGUGUACAGCUCCGGUAAUAGACGAAGUUGGGCAGUGAGUAUCUUUUUUUAAUUGGGGAGGAGGGCUCAUAGUAAUGGCUGGAUGGAAAUAAUGGAAUGGGAUCAAACACUUGGUUUCCAUGUGUUUGAUACCAUUCCAUUUACUCCUCCCCUCAGCAGCGUCCUGUGUACCCCAUAAUCCAACAACAGACGCAUCCAUCAUUAGGUUGCUUCAUUUCUAAUGUAGACCGCAGAAUCUCCAAAAUCAACAAACCACUUCAGAACCCCAUUUUUUAAGAACUUAUUUCAUCAGGUCAUAAAUUGAGGAAUUAGACAGCAAUGGUAAACGACUUAGACUCUGAGGGCUCUUUUGACCUUGGAUGAGACAGUUAAGGGAGACAGAAAACAAAAGUACAUUACGUACUUUCCAGCCCACAAACUCUCUCCCACCCAAAAUGUGUGUUCCCCCAAACUCAAAACCCUGUAACUCUCCUCCUCCCUCCUGCCCUCACCCCAUUCCCCUAAUCUGUCCCCUGCUUGCUUUCCUCUCUCUACCGCCAGCAUUCUCCUCUACCCUCACCCUGCCACAUUGAUCUCUCUCUCUCAAUUCAGUUUCAAUUUAAGGGGCUUUAUUUGCAUGGGAAACAUAUGUUUACAUUGCCAAAGCAAGUGAAAUAGAUAAUAAACAAAAGUGAAAUAAACAAUAGCAAAUGAACAGGAAACAUGAACAUUACACUCACAAAGGUUCCAUAAUAAUAAAGACUCUCUCUCUCUCUCGCUCGCUCUCUCUCUCAAUUCAAUUUCAAUUUCAAUUUUUCAAUUUAAGGGCUUUAUUGGCAUGGGAAACAUGUGUUAACAUUGCCAAAGCAAGUGAAGUAGAUAGUAAACAAAAGUGAAAUAAACAAUAAAUAUUAACAGUAAACAUUACACUCAGAAGUUUCAAAAGAAUAAAGACAUUUCAAAUGUCAUAUUAUGUAUAUAUACAGUGUUGUAACAAUGUGCAAAUAGUUAAAGUACAAAUGGGAAAAUAAAUAAACAUAAACAUCUCUCUCUCUCUGUCUCUCUCGCUCUCUCUCUCUCUCUCUCUCUCGCUCUCUCUCUCGCUCUCUGUCUCUCUCGCUCUCUGUCUCUCUCUCUCUCUCUCUCUCUCUCUGUCUGUCUGUCUCUCUCUCUGUCGUCUCUCUCGAUCUCUCUCUCUCUCUCUGUCUGUCUCUCUGUCUCUCUCUCGAUCUCUCUCUCUCUCUCUCUCUCGAUCUCUCUCUCUCUCUUAGCUGAUCACCCGCAACCACUUACGCCCCUCUCCCUUUCUGGCUCCGUUCCCCCCAGGCGCCGCUCACUCGCCCUCACUAGCAGCUCUGAUCAAAGCAGCAGAACGUCUGCCUAGUGCCUACCCUGCCCUUUCAUCUGCUUGCUUUACAGAUGUCUGACACCACACAGCCACGACUGGCGCUUCCUGUCUUUCUCUCUGUCUGGUAUUUUAUCCCUGAACAUCCAGUGGCCAGUUUCUCUAGUUAACUCCCUCCUCCCCCUUCGCUCCCAUUGUUUUUCCCAAGUCUUUUCAUUUGUAGAGUCAUCUCAUCUAGCAGUUAGCAUCCCAUGGUCAAAUUGAUCAUGCUCCCCUCACACACAUAUCUCCACAAUGUGAACAUGGUCCAAGUCCAACUACCCAUAUUUUCCCCCUGAUUGUUACUUCUUUCAGGGAUAAGACUGUAGUCUACACAGUCGUUUGCUGGCACUGAGGUAUGCAUGCGCAUUAAUUUAACCAACAGACUCCAGCCCUCUCUCAGCCAAACCAAACAAGGCUUAUCAGUCCAAAUGACCUACUUCGCAUACCCUGUUGAUCGGUUCUACGUGCUUUGCACCGAUAGAAAAAUGCAGGGAAUUCCAAAUUAGGCUUUUUAUCACCAAGGUUUGAGAAGUUUUCCAGGCUACCUGAGGUCACAUGUGAAUAAUUGUUUUGCACCCAGAAGAGAAAGGUACUUGCAGUAGUUUUUGGAGAUAUGAAGAAAAAUAGAUGUGAAAUGGGCAUCAAUUGUUUUUGAUCGGGCAAGGUAAAAACCUGUCUUGGCUGACAAAGGGUUUAACCAACUUUAAUGCCAGUGCCCUACUUAGUCUCAGACAUGUAAUAACAUGUCUGCGCAAUAAUAGCUUUGUUUGUUGGGCGCAAAGCUCUCUUUGUGUGGCACCUUGGCACCGGACAACUGUGCCCUUUUUCCAUUCAGUGGUUUUGGCCAAGCAGCUCUUAACUAGCCUAAUGUGUGUGUUUUUGUGUUUCAGGGUUGUUUAUCUACAAGUGAGCAUGAAUGAAGGCCUGUCGUUCAUCACUAGCUCUGUGCACAUCACCACCACAGAGUGUGUAAGUAUGCUCUACCAUUCACCUUACAACCACUACUCAAAACUCACUAGGAAUUGUCUAAUGUUGGGAAACAAUGAUCCAAUUUCCAUAAUUUUGCAUUGAAUCCUUUAUUAGUUUCUUCUAUCUGAAUCUUUUUCUGUUUUUUAUUUCUACCUCCUUUUUCCUCCUCUUAAUCUCUUUCCGGGGCCAUCCUCUUCUCAAAAAACGUUCAGAGGGCUCUUGUUUUGCUUGAGUAAGUUUCCUCCUUUUUGUAUUUAGAGCCAAAGGAGCUUCAGCAAUGAUCCACUCAACAGCCCCCCGAAACCCCCACGUCAGAGUACAAUUUUAACCAGCGCCCCGCUCACCUCACAAAAUAAAUAAGGAAAAAACACCAUCACAUCUUAUCCACAAUUCUAUAGGCGCUAAUAGGAACUAUAUUGUCCAUUAUUUAGAUCGAGACCCCCUCCUCAACGUAUAAUAUUUUCCAUUUAGCGAACGCUUUUAUCCAAAGCGACUUUCAGUCAUGCAUGCAUACAUUUGUUGUAUGGGAGGUCCCAGCGGGAAUUGAGCCCACAACCCUUGGCGUUGCAAGCGCCAUGCUCUACCAACUCUCUCUUUAUAGUCUUCCUGGUCUGUGUAUUUGGAGGGGUGGCGGCGGGGGUCGUAACCCUGUCGUAUUUUAUCUUCCCUGGCAGUUUGAUGGCACCAUCCUUCUCAUCACACUCCUGGUUCUGUUCCUGUUGAUGGCCGUGCUGUUCAUGUGGUGGUUCUGGCCCCUCUGCUGCACUGUGGUUAGUGUAACCCUCCAUUAAAAGUUGGUUCAAUAUGAUGCCGAUUAUGGGCCACGUGUUAUAUUACAGGUGUAGGAUUUGUAUUUGAUCACCAUGUUGCAGGAGAACUUUCCUGCAAUGCAUGACAUUUAAAACAUGUAGUGUAUUUGUGGUUUGAAAAGGCUUCUGAAGUUUGUAAUUUCCACUUUGAAAUUUCAGACUUGAUUUUUACGGAAAAUGUAUCAACCCCUACAAAAAUGUCCAUUCAUUAUAAUCCACAUAAUAAUUCACAUUUUCUGUUACUGCAGGAUUAUUUUCCUGCUGUAGCAAACUGGCUAAAAUUAAGAUCCUACAUCUGUAUACUGUAUAGAGUAGACCCUAUAGCAGAGGAAUUGCCAUUGGAAUGACUUAUGUAAUUACCGUAAAAAAAAGUAAUCUGGUUCAAUGUAAUGUAACAUUAUGUUGUAAUUGUUUGUAAGGGGUUUUACUUACCAGAAUACAUUACUUUAAACUUUUGUAACAAUUUUCUUUAAGUUUUGCAGUUCAUUCAGGAAAUAAAUGAUACAUCUGUUUACCGGGAAAUGAUAAUGAACACAUGAUGUGUCCACUAGUCACUAGGCAGGUUUCCAUUGACCCAGGUUUUUUCAACAGGGGUGGUUUUUCUUUUGUUGAACAUUCUUUAUUUGGAAAAUAAAUGAUGAUUGCCGAAUAAUUUUGAAGGUGCGCGAGGCACGUGAUGUCAACACAUAUCUAUGAAGUUCCACUCCACAUCUAAAUGCCUACUGCCUGCUAAAUCUAUUUUUCAACUAUAAAAAUAAUGUUUCUUUGCAGGAUCCUUGUCCUGACUUUCAAGAAUGGCUUAAUUGUUUUGCCUUGCUUUUCUGGUUGGCUGGAUACAAGUUUCAACAUCCAAUUAUUUCAGGUCUACAGGAGUGCAAGUUUCACUAUGGCACGGACCAUGGCGAUACAUUCAGGCACAUGAGAAUUAUUAGAAUAUGGCAAAUAUUAGUCAGUUAUUGCAUUCUAUCCAUGCUGGCUUUCUCGGGAUACCUGAGACAUGAAACAGAUAGGCGGGAGGGCAUACAGGCUGUCGCCAAUUUAUUAACGCGUAAUUUGCCUAAAUGGGUAAUGGAAACACUUCAACCACUACAUUUUUAUUCAACACUAGUUUUUUUUUUUUUUGGUGUCACGUCAUUAUGUCCAGCUGUUUUAUCGAAAACAAGAUUGUUAAAUGGAAACGCACCAUAGCAGGCAAUUGUCUAACCUAUUUUCUAUGCAAACUUUCUAAAUGUCGACAAGAAAAAUCACUGGACAAAUUACUGGAAACAUAGCUAGUGGUCCAACAAUUGAUAUUAAUGUGACUUUCUCCCCUGAACUUCCUAUCUAGGUGAUCAAAGAGCCUCCUCCACCGCCUCCUCCAGAGCCAGUAAGUCAGCCAUUAAAUCUCCUCUGAAAGUAUACACGCGCAUUAAAGGACUACACACACACACUCAGUCACACACAGGGUCUCAAUCAUAACACAGAACUAUUAGCGAACCAGAGAACGCAUCAUCAAGCUCAGUGGGGUCUAUACUCAAUAUGGAUGAAGUUCCAAGAAAAAGCAAAAGUAUUCAGAUGAAAAAUCAAGAAUAAGUGACAAAAAUGUUAAGUGAUGCAGUUAUGAGGCCUCUUCAGGGCAUUUCGAAGGCAUGAUGCCACAGAACUUGAUCCCAAAUAAUAAGUCUUUGUCACAUUUUCCAUAGAUGUGACACAGCUGGUCGUGAAACAGAGAGACAUUAUAUUCUAUGGAUCUCUGAUGCAUGAGUGGCCUAAAGCGCUCACUAAUUCCAAAUUUUACCCUCUUUCAAUUCUAUUUCCAUUUGGCGGAAUUCUUCUUUUAUUUUCUGUGAAGCUGUAUUGUUGGUGAAUGAAAAAAGCAUUCAUACAAGACAAGUGGGAUAAAUUGCUUUUUGGAGACGUUUACCAUCGUGGCCAAGAAUAUGGGAAAGAUGCAUUAUAUCGUAACACAUGAACACAUGCUUCCAUCUUUUCUCUCUGCCAGGAAUCAGAUGAUGAAGAUGGCAUGCCCAAGAAGAAGUGGCCCACCGUAGAUGCAUCCUACUAUGGAGGAAGAGGAGUCGGAGGAAUCAAAAGAAUGGAGGUGAGGCGGAUCUAAUCACCUCUUGACAUUACAGCAAUUUCAAUCUUCAUUCUCCAUAUUUCCUCACAAACACAUCAAAGUUGGAACUUUAUUCUUGACUCUACAUCACUGCCCAUGUGUAGUAUAUAGACCCCCUUCUACAGGUACUGUAGGUCAUAAAACCCAUCUGUGUUCCACUCCUACAGGUGCGCUGGGGAGGGAAAGGUUCAACGGAGGAGGGGGCUAAACUGGAGAUGCCCAAGAACGCCGUUGUGAAAAUGCCAGAGCAGGAGUUUGAGCCUUACGAGCCCAAGCCCAAGAAGGCCCACAACAGGAAGCCAGCCGCGGACAGGAAGUGGUACACACCUAUACAGGUAGAAACACCCUGCAUCUCUUUCCUUUCUUCCUUUAUUUUCUCAGACUAGUGUGUACACUCUCUUCCUCGUUACCAAUAAAUUUCUAAUAGGGUACUGUGUAGUAUGAAAUAACAUAUUGGCCAUACAUACUUACCAGUUUGCUAGCUAGAAUGCAUUUUUGACAGUAUUCACUGUAGUCAUUUCUCUGUCUCUUGUCUGCAGGGUAAACUGGAUGCCAUUUGGGCCCUGUUUCGCCGCGGUUAUGACCAGGUCUCUCUCAUGCGGCCGCAGCCAGGAGAACAUGUGAGUACUAAAGCUUAACACACCCUGGGAGCCAAGCCUUAGCCCAAUCCCUCAUCAGACAGUCCUUUCAUUCCCCCCCCAAAAAACGCCCCUGCAGUGGCCGACACCUCACCAGUGCCAUGAUUCAUGAUAAGGCAGAGUCCAACACCUGCUUCAAAUCAGCCGCUGCCAUAAAAGGGAAAUAAACCAGGACUGUGGACACACUCCAGGCAGAUCCUCUUAAUGCUUUCAAAAUCUCUACUUUCACAUGUUUUAACUUUGCCAUGCUGACCCUUUGUAUCAAAACGGAGAUUGGAGUUUGGCUUGGAGUUGGUUUUUGCUCUAGAUAUGCACUUUGGAGGGCUGGGCUAUCUGAGAGACUGUAUCCCAUAGAUAUUCUCUAAUUUCUUUCUUUUUAGAGUAGCAGCUAGCCUGCUGAAGUGGCACCUCUCCAGGUGCUAGUUAAAAUCAUGCGUUAUUUGCAGAAAAUCUUCAAUAGCCCUUUUUAACUGGAAUUCGACAUUUAAAGAGUAUUCCCUCGGCCAAAAAUAGGAACUGAGAAUACGUGAAGUACUGCCAGAUAAGCUCUCAACAACGACACAGGAAAUCAGCAAUCGACCUCAAAGAGGAACAAUGAUGAUUAGCAUCCUUCAAAUUUCAGAUUUCUCCCGGACAAAAAGAUGUCGAUACUUUGUUCAAAGGGUUUGACCCAGGAAAGCUUUUAAUGAUCACAACAUGCAAAAGGUUACGUGACGCAAAGCUUACUCCAGAGGAACUGUUUCGAUCCCUCUGUGUAAUGGCGUCGCCUACUCAAGUAAUUUGCGGUCGAUUACAAAGGAGCUGAAACAUUCAGAAGCAGUCCUGCUUGUACUGGUGUAAUAUUUGUUUGCAUUCAGGGAGGAAUGAAAACACAUACAAGGCAGACUAGCUAUUUUCUCUCCUUGUAAAGUGUUACCUGAGGAGACCCAUUAACCUGUCUCAUUGACUUUUCACCAUGUCUGUCCCCUGGGCCAUGCUUGCUGUUAACACAGCUCUUAUCACUCACACAGACACACACCCGCUCUCUCUUUCACUCUCUCACACACAGACACACACACACACAGGCCAUAUUGGUGUUCACAGAACAUUCACAGGCCUUGUGUGUUCCGUUGGACACAUUUGGCAAAGGUCAGAUCUGGAUUCCUGACAGACAUAUUUCAUUCUGUUGCUAUGUUGCAUUUUAUCACAGUGCAGAUUGCUAUGACGACGCCUGUAUCCUGAAUGGCACUAUUGAGAGAAGCCUUGGCUAAAAGCCUUUCCAGUACAAUUCCAUAAAACACGACUGAAUGCUCCUCAUAGCCACAGUAGAAAGGCUGAUCUAUCAAGCCUAGUUUCCUUUGAUUUCAUCGGUUCACAAUGGAUCUGCUAUGUCCCCUAGUCAAUGCAUCCUCUCUGAAUACAACUCAUGUAGCUAUUGAUCUAACUCCAUGACUACUGAAAAAAUUGAAAGGCAGCAUCUGUUGCUCUUCUCUCUCUCUCUUUAACCUCUCUCUCUCUCUCUCUCUCUCUCUCUCUCUCGUUCUCUCUUUAACCUCUCUCUCUCCCCUCUCUCUCUGUCUCUCUCUCUCUCUCUCUCGUUCUCUCUUUAACCUCUCUCUCUCUCUCUCUCUCUCUCUCUCGUUCUCUCUUUAACCUCUCUCUCUCCCCUCUCUCUCUUUCUCUCUCUCUCUGUCUCUCUCUCUCCCUCUCUGUCCUCUCUCUCCCUCCCCCCAACUUCCUCUUCAGCUCCACUGUGGGAUUCUCUGUGCUUUUUUAGGACACCCAGACACGCUCCCUGUUUGCUUAGUUUUGGUUGAGUGUGGUAUAGUUCAGUGUGUGUGUGUGCGCUUGCGUGUACUACAGGGUAUGAUUAUCUGUGCUUAGUCUGGUUUAGUCAUCUCCCUCUCUCUUUGUGCAGCCCUAGUCCUAAUUCACUGGCUCACACCGCUGCAUAGAACCUCAGCUAUGUGUCUCCAACUACUCUCCAACUUCUCAGAAUAUCAUGUGCUCGAGCAGAUCGACUCCUGAGGUUAAAUUAGAGGCUUUGAUUUACUGUCUCCCCUGACAGAGCGUUUGCAAUGCGAAGGACAUGAGGUUAAUAGCAAGCAGAGACGACCGCAAGAGUCGUCUCAACCAGUGAAAACUAUUCUGACGUAACGCGGACUAGUCUGUUUUAUGACCUCUGAGUUUUAAUGGUAGACAUUAGAAGAGGGAGGUUCGAAGGGGCAUCUUUGUCUUGCCUUUGUACUGUAAGUUCUGGUUCAAAGUCUCACACCAGAGUCUUCUAUUGGUUUUUAAAUCAAUCCAUGAUUGUGCACCCUAAUACGUCAGACAUGCUUUUAAGUUAUGUACCCAGUAGGUUCCUCAGGUCCUCUGGACCAAGAGGCAUGGAGAGGCAGCCUUUAGUUAUUAUGCCCCCAGCCUCUGGAACAGCCUGCCAAAGAACCUGAGGGGGGCCGAAACUGUGGAUAUAUUUAACCUCUACGGGAUCAGUGUCCCUUAUACAGGACGGCUGCUGCUCAAUAUGCGAUGUGACUAGAAUGGUGUUGUAAACAACAGCCAACUUUUCGGGACAUAGACAUGUCUUAUAUGGGCAAAAGGCUUAAAUUCUUGUUAAUCUAACUGCAGUGUCCGAUUUAUGGUAGCUAUUACAGCAGAAAAAUACCAUGCUAUUGUUUGAGGAUAGUGUACAACAGCAAAACACUUUUAUCACGGCAACUGGUUUGGUACAUUCACCUCUGAAGGUAAAUAAUGUACUUACAUUCAGUAAUCUUGCUCUGAUUUGUCAUCUUGAGGGUCCCAGAGAUAAAAUGUAGUGUAGUUUUGUUUGGGAAACCAAUUUUUAUAUUCAAAUGUAGGAACUGAGUUCUACAGUUUGAUCUCUUGCUCCACACCCACCCCGCCCGGCCAUCUAGAAGUGUGAAGGUUAGUGUCUUUUCUGUAGGGAAGCUAAUGAUCCAUCAUGCAUGACAUUCCUGGGAGUGUGCAAACUUAAAUUUUGUAUUACCAUAGCAUUUCUGUAUGUUCUCUAUAGUUAUGUACUUGAAAACCAAUUUGGCACAUUUAGGAAAACUCCUGGCAGACUUGAUUCAUGUCUGAUUCCAUGUCUGAAAUGUCCUGUAGAAAUAAAGCUCGAUUUGAUUUGACCACACUGCUUCAACGUUAUGCACUCGCUGGAAAGGUUGCUAAAAUGAACCUCUCUCAAAGGGUCUGCAGAGAAUGUAUGCACUGAGAAUGAAAUAAUAUUUGAUUCGAUUCCAUUAUCCUUCUCAUGCUCUCGUCCUGUUAUUGACUUGAAUGAAUGUCAGAGACAAGAGCUUGUUUACCAGAGGAUUUCUGUAUUUCUUUCUACUUGAUAUGUAAUUUACAAUGGAAUGUGUCCUCGGUUGUUUUCAGUGACGUCUUGCCAAUGCAGCCGCUCAAAGUGUGUUUGUGUGUGUGUUUGCAUAUGUUAAAUGCCUCUACAGUAUGACCUAGUAAGUCCAUGUCUGCCUAUCUGCGUGGGGAAUGGAAAAAGGAUCACUGGGUUGUUUGUCUGGUAAGGGCAUAAACUGAGUUAGGCCAUAUACCACGCGAGUGCACAGUAAGACGCCACUGUGGUGGUGGGGGUUCACACUAUGUAGGGAAGUAGUGGACGAGAAUAGGGAGGAAAAGUUUAUGCUACAAAAGGAACGCAUUGCUCUGAAUUGCCUCAACAAAUCAGAGCAACCCUCCCCUACCCCCCUCUGUCUCUACAUUUCUCUCUCUCAUUCUCCAUAUGGUGCUAUAAACAACAUGGGGUUAUUAGAAAGCAGCCACAGUUUCUUUGGUAACAGUACAUUGGGCUGGGAGGAGAGGGUAGAGGAGUCACAGCAGGGGCUGAUGGGUAAGACACCUGUGUACUGUACGUGGGAGGUGGGUUGGAUCAUGUGGGGGGGUACAAUGUAACCUGAGUUAUGUCUUUACUGUAGCUUAAUGGGGUUCUGUAUACCUCCUGACUUUUAGGACAUUGAUCACCAUGUAAUCUGAUGUUACGGUCUCUUUCCCCCAGGGUCGAUGCAUCAACUUCACCCGGGUGAAAGAUGAGGCAGCGGCAGCAGCAGCGAAGGCCCCUCCUCGGGCCCAUAGCCCCCCUGCUCCGGACUAUCGUCCCCUGAUCCGCCCCACUACACCGCCGCCAGCACAGGCCAGCCCGCCCCCGCGAGCACCGCCCGUCAGCCAGCUACCCCCGGGGCCACCCCCCUCCCGCACCCCCCCAGGGCCCCCCUGCCCCCCUCCCUCACGCCCCCCACCGUGCCCCAACAACAGACCAUGA